AUAAAAAACAAAGUGCGCUGCUGCUUUCCGUUAACUGCCAUAAAGCUACAACCAAACUCAUUCCUGCGUAGAGCUCUCGUAAUAUUUAACUGCCCUACAAAAUCCCCAUCAAAAUGGCCACCAGUAUCUUCAAGCCGGAGGUGGACUUUCCAGAGGUGUACAAGCUGUGCCAAACGUUUGUGCCCAGCGAGGAUGAGCUGAUAAAAGUAAGAAACAUCAUGGAUCGCGAGAUGACGGCCGGUUUGAGCAAGGAGGGUCACGAUCGCUCCUCGGUGCCCUGCUUCCUGAGCUACGUGCAGGAUCUGCCGUCGGGCCGUGAGCGUGGCCGCUUUCUCGCCUUGGAGAUGAUGCCCACCAAUUGCCGCAUCAUGCUGGUGCGAUUCAGCAGCGAGAAGGAUGUGUACAUGAGCUCCAAGUGUGUCAUCAUACCGCACUCGAUAGCCGCCGCCCGUGGCACGGAGCUGUUCAACUUUCUGGCCUCCAACAUCGCAGCUUUCGUCAAGGACAAAAAGGUGGACAAGGAGAACCUACCGAUGGGCAUUGCUUUUGCCUUUUCGCUGAACAAGCUGGCCCUGGAUGUGGGCAUAUUGGUUGCUUGGACGAAGGAGUUCGGCGCCACGGGUGCCAUCGGCAAGGAUGUGGUGCAGCUGCUGCGCGAUGCGCUGGCCAAGUACCCCGAGGUAAUUGUCAACAUCCUGGGCAUUAUCAAUGUGGCCAUUGGAUCCCUGUUGGCCCUCUGCUGGAUACAGCCGGAAACGCGGCUGGGCGUAAUCAUGGGCAACAUCACCAACUCCUGCUACGUGGAGAGCGUCGAUAACUGUCACAUGUACGUGGGCUCUGACAACAACAAACCGUACAUGAUCAUAAACACGGACUGGGCUCACUUCGGUGAUGGCGGACAGGUCGAUUUCAUACGCAACGAAUUCGACCGGGCCCUGGACGAGGCGUCCACCAAUCCUGGCUAUCGCAUCUACGAGAAGUUUAGCGGUGCUCUCUAUAUGGGCGAGCUAAUCCGUCGCGUCGUGGAGCGUUUGAUGCGGAGUGGCGCCAUCUUUGAGGGGCAACCGAUCGACGUGAUUAGCCUGCAGUGGAAGAUGGAAAUGUCCGCACUCUUCGAGAUGGAAUCGGAUCCGCCUGGCGUUUACAUCAAGGCCCAGGAGGUAAUGGAUAAGUUCCGCAUGCGCCACUGCAAGGAUCGCGACCUGGCCGCCUUUCGCUACAUCUGUGCCACCGUCGUCAGCCGUGCGGCCAUGUUACUGGCCGGCGGCAUCUCCUGUCUGAUCAACCGCAUGCACUACUCACAGAUCUCCAUUUCCGUGGACGGCGGCAUCUAUCGCCUGAACCCCACCUUUGCCGCUGUCAUCAACAAGUACACGCGCCUGCUCACCGAUCCGCACUACAAAUUCGAGUACGUCGUCAACCAGGAGAGCUGCGGCGUGGGUGCCGCCAUCAUGGCCGGACUGGCCCAUGCCGAUAAGUAUCGCGGCGAGUCCAAGAUAUUUGAAUUGGAUUUCUAAGCUACAAAAAUCAUUAAUAAA